AUGGCUGCUGCCCUUAUUGCCCCUCAGGAGCAGGGGAAGGUGGAGAAGCCUCAGAAGCAAUCGAGCUCAUAUGUUAGAUUUGAUAUAAUUCGAAGGAUCCUAACCAGGGUUUUUGGAUGCAACAUCAUCAUGGUGAUGGGGAUUACAGAUGUGGAUGAUAAGAUAAUUAAAAGGGCCAAUGAAAUGAAGAUAUCACCUGCUUCUCUUGCCAACCUUUAUGAAGAAGAUUUUAAACAAGAUAUGGCAGCCUUGAAGGUUCUCCCACCCACAGUAUACUUGAGAGUAACUGAAAAUAUUCCUCAGAUCAUUUCUUUCAUUGAAGGAAUAAUUGCUAAUGGGCAUGCUUACUCAACAGCAAGAGGCAAUGUCUACUUUGAUCUGCAGUCGAGAGGCGACAAGUACGGCAAGCUCGUCGGUGUGGCUCCCGGUCCUGUUGCAGAGCCAGGUGAUUCGGACAAGCGGCAUGCCAGCGACUUUGCCCUGUGGAAGGCAGCCAAACCCCAGGAGGUAUUCUGGCCCUCUCCUUGGGGAAACGGAAGACCUGGCUGGCAUAUUGAAUGUUCUACCAUCUCAAGUUUGGUGUUUGGAAGUCAACUGGACAUCCACUCGGGUGGCAUAGACCUAGCUUUCCCGCAUCAUGAGAAUGAAAUCGCACAGUGUGAGGUCUUCCAUCAGUGCCAGCAAUGGGGAAAUUACUUCCUGCAUUCUGGACACUUGCAUGUAAAAGGCAAAGAAGAAAAAAUGUCCAAAUCACUGAAAAACUACAUCACUAUUAAGGACUUUCUGAAGACAUUUUCCCCCGACGUCUUCCGGCUCUUCUGCCUGCGGAGCAGCUACCGGUCAGCCGUGGACUACAGCGACAGCACCAUGCAGGAAGCUCAGCACCUUCUCCGGGCCCUGGCCGCGUUCGCCCAGGAUGCUCGGGCCUACAUGAAGGGGCAGCUGGUGUGCGGCCCCAUCAGGGAAGACGUGCUGUGGGAGAGGCUCAACCACACACAGGCUGCUGUGAAGGCCGCCUUGGCAGACGACUUUGACACGCCUGGGGCAGUGGAUGCCGUCUUGGAUCUCAUUCACCAGGCGAACAGACAGCUGAAGGUGGUCACUAAGGAGCCCGGCGGUCCCAGGAGCCCUGCUGUGUUCGGCUCCAUCAUCUCCUACGUUGAGCAAUUUUUUGAGACGGUUGGAAUUUCUCUGGCAGAACGACAGUUUGUUUCAGGGGACAGCAGCUCAGCCAUGUUGCACAGUGUGGUGGAGGAGUUGGUCCGAUUCCGGCUCAAGGUCCGGCAGUUCGCCCUGGCUACGGGAGAGGCUACCAAGGAAGUCCGGCGGCAGCAGCUCCUAGAGAGGCAGCCCCUGCUGGAGGCAUGUGACACCCUACGCCAGGACCUUGCCGCCCACGGCAUCAGUAUUAAGAAGCAGCACAUCCACAUGGGAACUGCUGGGUCAGAGGUCAGAAGACCACAAACCUGGGAGCUGAGGAUGCGUGAAGCGGGAACCACAGGCUCACAAUGCGGCUCUGUGCUUGCUUAAGUCCCUAUAGAAGCUUUACAUUAAAGUUUUCCAUUGUGACUAUUUAGUCAACAUUAAAAUAAGUCAAACUGAUAUCAUU